CUUUGUAGCCAAACAACGCGGAGCAGGGAACAACCAGCCUCCCCUAGUGAUCAGAGGGUCCGAAAGGGUGAGGAAAGGCGGCUUAGAAACCCACCCGUGGGAGUUUUCGGGACCGAAACCGCGGUUGUUUAAAUUGAGCGUGGCCGGGCGCGAGAAGAAAAAAAAGGGAGAGAGCAGCUAAGAGGAAGCUCGCUAGUUCUGCAGGAUUCGGCGCGGGCGGGCCCUGGGUCCUGGCUGGGCGGAGUCGGCGGCUCGGGCGGGCGCCUUUGCGAACUUUUGUUUGGCGAGUUUUGUUUCCUGCCGCCGAGGAGCUGCGGAGAUAAUCGAUACAAUCGAUACUAUCGAUACAGCACCCCUCGGUCCGCACUGUAUCGAGAGGCCUGCCUCUAUGGGCCGAUCGAUGCAGAUACAGAUGUGUGAAAAUCCCUUCCUUUCAUUCCGAGAGUUAAUGGCGGAGUAAGAAACUUUCUUGGGAGUCGCUGCUGGAGGCAAAGCCGAAGAAAGGAGCCCAAAAGGGGGGCAUGCGGCUCGGAGGCCCCCAGAAAGCCCUUGACUGAGAGCAGCAGGAGGAGGAGAGAAGGAGAAGGAGGAGGCAGCCAUGGAGACCCAGCAGCAGACGCCUCCGACGGCGGCCCCCCAGCAGCAGCAGCAGCCCCCGCCGCCCCAGGCCCCUCCGGCCCCCCAGCAGCAGCAGCCCCAGCCCCCUGGCAGCGCCUCUGCCCCGGGGGGCCCUGCCGCGCCCCCUCCUCCUCCGGCGGGGCACCAGAUCGUCCACGUCCGCGGAGACUCGGAGACCGACCUGGAGGCCCUCUUCAACGCCGUCAUGAACCCCAAGGGCGCCAACGUGCCCCACACGCUCCCCAUGAGGCUCCGCAAGCUCCCCGACUCCUUCUUCAAGCCCCCGGAGCCCAAGGCGCACUCCAGACAGGCCAGCACAGAUGCAGGAACAGCAGGAGCCCUAACUCCUCAGCAUGUCCGUGCUCACUCUUCUCCAGCCUCACUGCUGGGAACAGUUUCUCCAGGAGCACUCACCCCUUCCAGUGUAGUUCCUGGAGGUGCACCAUCUCAACACCUUCGUCAACCAUCUUUUGAAAUACCUGAUGAUGUCCCUUUACCACCUGGUUGGGAAAUGGCAAAGACACCUUCUGGUCAGAGAUAUUUUCUGAAUCACAUUGAUCAGACAACAACAUGGCAGGAUCCAAGGAAGGCCCUCCUUUCCCAGAUGAAUGUUACAGCUCCCACAAGCCCGCCAGUUCAACAGAAUAUCAUGAAUUCAGCAACUGGCCCGCUCCCUGAUGGAUGGGAACAAGCCAUGACCCAGGAUGGAGAAAUUUACUACAUAAACCAUAAGAACAAGACUACAUCUUGGCUAGAUCCAAGGCUUGACCCACGCUUUGCUAUGAGCCAGAGAAUCAGCCAAAGCACUCCAGUGAAACCACCUCCGCUAGCUCCCCAAAGUCCACCUGGUGGUGUUCUGGGAGGUGGCAACUCCAAUCAACAGCAGCAGAUGAGAUUGCAGCAGCUGCAGAUGGAAAAAGAAAGGUUACGACUGAAGCAUCAAGAACUGCUUCGGCAGGUGAGGCCUCAGGCAUUGCGGAAUAUCAAUCCAAGCACAGCCAAUUCUCCAAAACGUCAGGAAUUGGCUCUUCGUAGCCAGCUUCCCAGUAUGGAACAAGAUGGCUCUCAGAAUCCAGUAUCCUCUCCUGGAAUGUCUCAAGAACUGAGAACAAUGACCACAAAUAGUUCAGAUCCUUUUCUUAACAGUGGAACUUAUCAUUCAAGAGAUGAGAGCACAGAUAGUGGCCUCAGCAUGAGCAGUUACAGUGUCCCCAGAACUCCAGACGACUUCCUCAACAGUGUUGAUGAAAUGGAUACAGGUGACACUAUCAACCAAAGCAACAUACCUUCUCAUCAGAACCGUUUUCCAGACUACCUUGAAGCCAUUCCAGGGACUAAUGUGGACCUUGGAACGCUGGAAGGAGAUGCAAUGAAUAUAGAAGGAGAGGAACUGAUGCCAAGUCUACAAGAGGCUUUGAGUUCCGAUAUCCUUAAUGAUAUGGAGUCCGUAUUGGCAGCCACCAAGCUAGAUAAAGAAAGCUUUCUUACCUGGUUAUAGGGGCCUCAGGGAGAUGGAGUUUGAAGUCUUUGAAGGAUCUAAGGAGAUAACACAUGUACCUGAUGUUCAGAACAAGCCUGUGCGGCAAGGGCUUCUUGGCUUAAGAUCAGAGAGGAAAACAAGUAAAUGAACAAAAUACUCCAGAUUCCUUUCAUCCCAUGUUUUUGUUCUUCCAUAUCCAAUCGCUGCUGUUAUACUGCUGACCUCUUUCAUAUUUGACUCUGACAAAUUAGAUUAUUUGUUUUAGUAUAUUUUUGUUUGUUUGUUUGUUUUGGCUAUUGCAACUACUGUUCACCAUGAUGGUAGUGGAAAAGGAGAGGAUGGGGAAGUGGACAGAAAAAAAGUGGGAUGAGAGAUAGAGAGAAACCAGCCCUGUUUUGGGAUGAUGACUGCCAUUCCUUUCAUCUUGCUAGCUGUUUGCAUUCUGCUUUAUCUAAUAAUAUGAACUCUGCAUGUCCCCACUCAUAGUUGACUCUGCUUGUUGUUUGCUGUGUUGCCUGUGGCAAGUGGCAAAAAUGACUUACUGGUCCAGCAAGCCAAAAAUGAUGUAUCUGAUGUAACAGAAGUCAAUACUGAUUUGGAGAUAAGAAUUAUAAGAAGUCUGAAAACAUUUUGCUAUUACUGUCAGCUAUUUGCUAGUUCUCUCAGUUAGGUUUUUCACAUUCAAUAACAACUUAAACAGGAGAUUUUACACACCAGCUUUAAGAAUCUUGAUCAUUGCCUCUUCUGCUUAUAUUUCUCUUUGCAACGUUUAGAUUUUUUUUAAUUAUUGUACUAGAUUAGGAUGAUAACUGUUAUUGGUUUUGUGUGUUUUGUUUUGUAUUUUUACAUAGUGAAAUCUAAAUUUCCUGACUUCACCUAGUCUUAUUUAAGUCUGAAAUGGUUGACUUUUUAUACCUAAUUAGCAUAGUCAGUGAAUAUCUAUAAUUCUGUGUUUUGCUUGUAACUUCUUAAGAUAGCUUUGAAUGUAUUCAUUAAAUCAGUCUUCCAUGACCUUGUGUCCUCCAGGUAUAUUAAGCUACAACUCUCAUAGCCCCAGUCAUGUGUUUGUGGGAUUGUGGAAGCUGUAGUCCAGUGCAUCCAGAGUACUGGUGGUUUGUCUUUUACACCUAUGCCAGAAUUUGAGGCAAAUGUUUUGUUAGGGCAAUGUUUGAAAUUUGUUAAUUCAUGCUGUUCAGAAGUGUACUUAUUUGAAAGUUCAUCCCACUUAGUUCAGAGGAACUGCAUUGAUCUGUGUGGGUUUUUUAAGAUUGCUGAUUAACACUGAGUUUGAAAUGUAGCAAACAAUACAUUACACAUUUUCAUCAAGGGACAGUUCUUGCUAUUGUUGGAAGAGGUUUUAACAUUGAUAAAAUUGGUGGCUUGAGAUUGUGAAGUCCCUAAUGGAUGAAAAUGGAUGCUUUCCUGUAGUUAGUUAGAUGAUAUAUCAUCUGCACUGUCAUCUGAGUUUACAAUAGUAACAAUGCGAACACUAAAGUUAAGAUGUGGCAAAGGCAUACUGACAAGUUUAGACCAUGGUGCAUAUAGAAGACUGUAAAGAUAUGUGUUAGAUGGUGACAUGAGCAAGUAGUAGUGUAUUUUAGUUGUAGAGAUUAGCACUGAAGUUGAGAGGAUGAGUACAUCAAUACCGUUAUUCACAGGAAGUGAUUGUCCUCGAAGUUGUCUUUUAGGAAUUGUGACAUUUUCCAAAGAGUAUUUUAAGUGAACAAAAUGUGCAUGAAUCAAUGUUACGGUAUAAGCUAUGAAGUAUUUUUUUAAUUAAAAAAUACAUUAGCACCAACAAAUACCUUGAGGGGCUGUCAGCAUUCUCUUUUAAUGUGUUGUCCAAAUGUUAAGAGAUGGCCAUCAGGUAACUUUUCAGACUGAAAGGUGAUAUAUAAAUUGUCAGUCUAGGAGAUACUGGCCUAAAUCUAAUUGUUAGUCUGGAAGUUAGGAAUGCGACACUUAUGUAAGUUCUAUUGAUUCUCUUCUAGUUGGGACUAACAAUUAAUUUGGGUCAUUUUUUAAAUAAAAAAAGAUUUUGUUUGGUCAUCCCUACCAGGGAGGACUGAAAUUAACAGAAUUAGGCCUGUGCUAAUUAGCCACAGCUUAAUAGCUCCUUUGUCUUCUGUAAUGCUAUGUUAACCUCAAAGACGGUUGACAAGAGCAGAUUGUAAGAGCAGACCACACUCCCAUUAAGAACAUUCUAUUAUAUUCCCUUUCUCCUCUGCGUUUUUCAAAAGUAUGUUUUUUAAAAAGAUGUUAAAUAUAUGAGUAGAAAUGAAGAAAUGGAAGAGAUUCAAAGUUCCAGUGUUUUGGUUUGCCCCUUUGUAUCCAGAUACUGGAGGACCACUUGUAUCUAUUUGAGCAUUAAGUAGGAACUGUUGAAUUCCGAUGCUGGGUAUUGCAUAGAGAUGCACAGAAAUAGUUUCUGUUUGCUUUUCUUGGUCACAGCUUUAAAGUUGGAAUUUAUUUUUAAAAUCCUUGUUGUACAUACAUUACACAGCUUAUUCUAUAUGUGAGUAGCACUGCUGGAGAGGUACCGACAUAAACCUGGGAAUUCUUGAAUUUCUCUUAACACUAAACUGUUUAUGCAGUACUUAACUCUAGUUACUUUUUAAGCCUCUUCAUUUAUUGGGGAACGUGCCUUAGAGAUGAAUUGUACUGUUGGCAGAAGAAGAACUUUAAAUGAGACUGAUUGGCAGUUUCUAUUUGAAUCUAUCACUUGACAAAGUUGCUUCACUUUUUUUGUUUUGAAAUGCAAAAAAAGAAAGUGUUAUGGGUAGUAUUUUGUAUUGAUUGGUGUAUAUAUUUAAGCAGAUCACUGUCCUAACUUUGUAGCUUCUAGAUUUUUUUUAAGUACAGUGUGUUCAGAAUGGAAUUGAAGCUUAUGAAUUCUUGUGUAUGUCUGGCAACAUAACUACUUCGGAAUAUGUACCGCUUCUAUAAUUUGUGUGGAUCAAAAAUUCUACCAAUCAGUGUUGGAACUCAAGCAAUGCAAGAGGUGGAAAGACAAUUUCAGAGCAAUUAACCAUUAACUUAGCUUUUGCACAUCUGGAGAAUCCAUAUUACAAUGUCUUUAUUUGCAAUCAUGGAGGGGGGAUGUUUUUAUACAAGAGACAGGUGAGUCUGUCUUCCUAUAAUGACACUUUUAUUCUUUAGGAUAAAAAAAUCUGUAUUUUAAAAUGUUUUUGGGACUCUGAAACACAACCUUUUCAAAUAUAUAUAUAGCUAUGAAUGUUAUAUUUUCUUAGAUGUAAGAGCAUGCCUCUUUUAGGUACCACAGUAAAUUCUGUUACAAUAUUUUCUUAUAUGUAAUACUUUUUUUCAUUGCUUUUUUGUUUUACAUGAUAUAAAUAUAUACUUUGCGCUUA